AUGAAAGAACCAAGGAUUUUUUCUAGAGAGCGGCCAACUCCCUGGACUCGUGCCCCAUUUCCACCCCGAGGACGGAUGGACGGUUCCCUUGGUUCACCAAUGGCUCCUGUUUUGAAUGCAGGCAACACAAUGGGGGUAAACCCUGAUCCUUUUCUUUUGGCCAGUGUUCUUGGUGGAAAUCUGACUCGAUUCCCAGCUGGCCCCCUCGCCAGAAAUCCAGCUCCUUUUCCAAAGCCAUCUGGCCCGUUGGCCUCAUGUCCGCCUUCCUUCCCAGCUGGUGCCCGUGACUCAAAUGUGGUUCCUUUUCCAAGAGGGAUGAAUCCUCCAAGCACAAGCUCAGUUCCUUUCCCAAGGUCAGGUGGCCCACUUGGCUCAGGUCUAAACCCUCGAGCAGGUAUUGCCACGGGUGCAGGUCCUAUGUCUAACCCUAGGCCAGGUGGGCUCCCGGGCACAGGUCCUAUGCCUAAUCCUAGGCCAGGUGGGCUCCCAGGCACAGGUCCUAUGUCUAACCCAAGGGCAAGUGGUCUUCUGGGUGCUGGUCUUGAUCCCAGAGCAGGUGGUCUGGGCUCAGGUCCUGGUCCUGACCUGAGACCAGGAGGUUCGCUAGGCACAGGUCUCGGCCCAAACCUAAGGACAGGUGGCCUUAUGGGCACGGGCUCUGGUCCUGACCCCAGAGGAAGUGGGUUCUUGGGUACUACUGGCCCAGGUCCUAAUUCUAGAAUAGGUAGCCUGGGACCGGGCGGCCUGGGCGCUGGUGGCCUGGGACCGGGCGGCCUGGGCGCUGGCGGCCUGGGAGCAGGUAGCCUGGGCGCGGGCGGCCUGGGCUCAGGUGGUGUUGGCACCAACAGCCUGGGUGCAGGUAAUGUUGGUGCAGGUGGCCUAGGCACAGGUGGCCUGGGUGCAGGCAACCUGGGAGGAGGUGGCCUGGGUGCGGGUGGCCUGAAUCCAGGCCCAGGCCCAGGCCUCAACCUAAGAACCAGUGGUCUCUCAAACACAGGGCAUGUCCCUGACCCCAGGGCAAGUGGAUUUCUGGGCACAGGGCUUGGUCCUAACUCUAGAGUUAGUGGCCUAGGCACAGGCCCUGGUCCUGGUCCUAACCCAAGAGCAGGUGCCCCGGGACCAGGCCCUGGUCUUAACCCAAGAGUAGGUCUGGGAACAGGCCAAGGUCCUAAUCUGGAUCCCAGAGCAGGUGGUGUCUUGGGUUCAGGAGCUGGUCCCAAUUUGAGAGCUGCUGGUCUCAUAGGCUCAGGAUCUGGUCUUGAUUUGAGAGCCUCUGGAUCUCUAGGUAUGGAUCUUGCUCCCAUUUUAAGGGCAGCUGGCCUCCUUGGAGCAAAUUCAGCCCCUUUCUCACAGUCAUCUGGAAAUAUGGGUCCAAAUCCAUCUUCCAUGACAAGAGCAACAGGUCCUAUGGGUCCAAACUCUGGUCCUGGUUCUAGGAUAGUUGGCCUUGCAGGUCCAAACUCUUCUCCUAUGCCAAGGGCUAGUGGCCCAUUAGGUCCUAAUUCAACUCCUUUCUCAAGGCCAACUGGCCCCUUAGGUGUAAACUCGACUCCCUUUCCAAGGGGGACAAAUCCUGCAGGCUUGAACCCAGCUACAUUUUCCCAGUCCACCAGCUCAAACCCACCUACUUUUCCACGUUCCACUGGUCUUCAGGCACACAGUACAGCAAUUUUCCCAAGGUCAUCUGGUCCCUUGGGCCCAAACCCACCUAAUUUCCCAAGAUCAGCUGGACUGCAAGGCCCAAGUCCAGCUUCUUUCCCAAGAUCCACUGGCCCACUCGGUCCUAGUCAAGUCCCUUUCCCCAGGUCUGCUGCUGGUUCACUAGGUCCCACAUCAGCAAGUGCUCCAGGCAUAAACCAAGCUCCUUUUCCAAGGCCAUCUGGUCCCAUGGGUAUAAACCCAUCUUUUCCUAGGGUCAAUGGCCCUAUAAUGAAGACUGUGGUACCAUUUCCUAGGAGUGGAAGCCUUUCUGGUCCCGGUCCAACUUUUCCUAGACCAGGAGGCCCGUUGGCUGCAAUGUACUCGAAUGGAAUGCUGCCACCCUAGAGACCACCCCCUCCCGCCUAGGCUACAUUGGCUGCAAGGUACCACGGCUUUGGGCAAGAUGGAACGGCUGUGUUCUGAAGGCCAGAAAGGCUUGACUUGAUGGCCAUUUCUUUUCACGGCUUAUUUCUCCAAUGAAGAUGGAGUCUUCGAUUUGCUUGUGAGACAAGGACUCUGGCAGGCAAGCUCAACCCUAAGGAUGGGGAGAAAGACUCCCAGUGUCCUGUAGCCUGUGGUGCUUUCUCACUGCUUUGUGCCGACUUCUCUCUUUCUUACUCAUUUCUUGGAUUGUUCUCCUGGACUUUUCCUCAGGGAUGCAAAGGCCUGCCAGUCCCAGCUCAUUCUGUACUACCAUCUUCCCUAUCAGAGAAAACCCGGGUAGCUGCUUUUGUUAAUUGUGUUCCAGUUUUCAAACAUUACUCAGUAACUUUGUAUAGAGCAGCUCUGACUGGAUAGUCCUUUUCAGUUCUAAGUAAAGCUUAUUUCUUUAUGCCACAAACUGGACAUUGGCCACCUCUGGAAUUCACAGGAGGCCAAAGUUGUGAAGCAGCUUCUCGCCUGCCCUUCUUGCUACUGUUAACUCCCAAUCAAAGAACCUCAAGAUUUUGAAUUUGAUGUUGGCUCUGGGACCUAGGGGGUGGGGGGGAUGGGAGGUAAAAGGGAGGGGGAGGGGAAUAAUCACUGCUUUUCAGCCUGGUAUGAAGGCAUCGUUGGUGUUUCAUUCUACAAUAUAUCAUUUCUUACUGUUUCUUUAAUAAAUGGGAUGGGAGGUUGCUGAUUUUGAGCCCAUUUUGUUACCUGGCCCAGGGGUAAGGAACCUCACCUUUGAGUUUUAAUUGUUUUAGCUGAAGUUGGCUGUGAGCCUACAUUCUCUUCUGUGUAGCUUGUCUAGCUGCUUUUGCUGUAGGAAUAAGAAAGCUUACAUUUGUGUUCACAGCUGGAGCUUUCUUACUCAUCUGCCUGAUAAUUCAUCAAGGAUUUUGACCCAAAUUACAAUCUGAGUUAGGACCCACUUGUAUAUAACAUCUUUAAUAUUGUUCCUGGGCUAAAUGCACAAUCACCUUUGACAGUUUUGUCAGUUAAAUGGACUGAGUUUAUGUUGGAAAUUAUCUGGGAAAGUGGUUGGAUGGCAAAUAAACCAGAGAGAUGGAAGUUAAA